AUGGCCACGUGCUUCGGAGAAGGGGCAACUGCAAACCUCAGUCAGGUGCUUCGUAACCAUUCCAUGUUUAAGGUCCAGUUUGGCUGUUUCCGGUCCCUGGGCGAAAUGAAGCUGUUCUUCCUCAGCUGCCUGCUGGGUUUUUGCUGCUGGCAAGCCGGAGCAGUGAGCAGGGAGUACUACAUCGGCAUUACGGAAACAGUGUGGAACUACGCGCCUGGCAGCACGAACCUGGUGUCUGGGCAGCUCUUUGCAGAAGAAGAGCAGGCUGGAGUCUUCCUCCGGCGCGGGCCCCGCAGGAUAGGCAGCGCUUACAAGAAGGCUGUCUACACUCAGUACACCGAUCGUUCUUAUGAAGUGGCAGUUGACAAACCCUCCUGGCUGGGAUUUUUAGGCCCUAUCAUAAAGGGAGAAGUUGGGGAUUCCCUUAUUAUUCACUUGAAAAACUUUGCCACCAGGAACUACACGCUGCAUCCACACGGUGUGCGGUACACAAAGGACAGUGAAGGUGCUUUUUACCCAGACAACACCAAAGAUUUGCAAAAGAAAGAUGACGCCGUGGAGCCUGGGGGCCAGUACACCUACACGUGGGACGUGACGGAAGAUCAGGGUCCGGCGACGGGAGAUGCAGACUGCGUAACCAGGGUUUACCACUCCCACGUAGAUGCUCCAAGAGAUGUCGCCUCAGGGCUUGUUGGGCCUUUAAUAAUUUGCAGGAAAGGUGCAAUGAGUAAGGGCAAUGGCAGACACUUCGAUGCUGAAUUUAUCCUUAUGUUUUCCGUGAUGGAUGAAAAUCUCAGUUGGUAUCUAGACGAUAAUAUCCGGACGUACUGUUCUGAGUCUUCCAAAAUUGACAGAGACGACGAGGACUUCCAGGAAAGCAAUAAAAUGCACUCCAUCAAUGGCUACAUGUACGGGCACCUCCCAGACCUCACCAUGUGUGAGCACGAUACGGUAAAAUGGCACCUUUUCGGCAUGGGCAACGAAGCUGAUAUCCAUUCAGCCUACUUUCACGGACAGACCUUAAUAGAAAGACAUCACCGAGUUGACACCAUCAGCCUCUUCCCAGCUACAUUUAUCGACGCCGUCAUGGUACCAAGGGGUGCCGGGGAGUGGCUGCUCAGCUGCCAAGUGAAUGACCAUAUUGAAG